AUGCAAGCAGGGGCUCUUCAGUCACUCCGCUUGGCCAUCACAAAUCUGAAUUGUGAGGCCCCCGCAGUUCCGCGUGGCUUGCUUCGGCUGCGAAUAUCGCCAGCCCAGAUUUUGGCAGACGGUGCGGCAUCCACACAGGCAAUGUCGCAGUUUCAAGCAGACACGGAUCAUUGGGACUUGCCUAAUUCCCACUUGUGGGAUAUAGCCCAAGCGCUUGCUUCGCAGAUGCGGAACUGGUGCAACAAACGCGCUCUUGUUGAGCAACAACAGCCAACGGCACGAACCUCGAGAUCAGGCAGUGUUGCUUCUGCCAAGUGCUCCAGAUCUUCCAUGUCUCUGGAUUCGUUUCCCCGACCACAAUGUGUCGCGACGAAAGAGGCAUCCUGA